UUGUCUUUGAUGUCGAAUCCAGAUAUUACAGAGAAUCUGGAUACGAGCGAGGAACUUUGAAAGACAGUGAAUCCGACUCCGAAAGAUCGUUUCGUAUUUUAUGUUUCCAUAUUCGUCAGGAUGAAUUUUACUGCGAGACCCCGCGCGAAGGAUCAUAACUGAAAAUCUGCCGGACGAUUCACCGUCUCGCGUCGACGAUAACCCGGAUACUCGUUAUUUGCCUCGAACGUAACGUUGUUAUCGGAUUACAAUCGCAGGCUGAAGUCGACGAUUCGCGACACGAGCCCCGAAGUGCUCGUACAACUGAUUUUAUCACCUGGACGCGUCGAACGGAUCGUUAGAAAAAAGUUGGGCGAGCUUUUUAUCGGUAACUUUCUUAGUUAGGUAGUCUUUCUUAUAGUUAACUUUAAGCAGACGCUUCUUUUCUAUAUUUUGAAAAAUAAGACUGAAAAAAGGGCGAACUUAAAUUCAAACUUAGAUUAGCGCACAGCUGAGGAUUAAGUUCACCUGAAAUUUCGAUGCAAUUAUUGUUUUCCUUCCGAAACUUCACUUAAAGUUAUUUUAGCCGAGUUUAUUAAAAGGAAUUUAUUACUACAGUUUACGUACAGGGCUUAGAAACAAGAAGGGUUAAUUUACGUUAUCCUAGGGAAUAUCAGAGUUAUCCCAGCUUAGAGUAGUUGUAAUCGUAGUUUCGCAGAACCGAUGUCCGUAUUUAUAAAGCAUAUGAAAAAUUGCGAAACUUUACCAAAGGCUUAGCCGAACUUGCAGCCUCGCUUCUAGCAACAUUGACAAUAUAUUCCACUUUGAGAGAAGUUUUUUAAAGCAUGCAAAUUGAAAAGCUCUCUGGAAGGUGGACCAUCUAAGAGCCAUGUAACUUAAGGUACACCGUUUAAUGGAACUUCAUAAAUUUCAACGUAUAGUCGGUGUUCUUGGACCCACGUCAUAGGAAGCAUCGAUCGUAACAUUGUCUGUCGUUUAUGAACGUUUCCAGGACUAAUUAACGAUACUGUUAUAAUUAACACCGGGAAGCACAUGGUACCUACACGUGACGGCGUUCCAUGGAUCGCUUAACGCAUUAUCCUGGCUCGUUGAUAUAAUUAAUCUCCUGCAGUAUGCAUAGAAUAACAGUCUUAAGAAAACCUUGCAAAAAUAAAUCAUUUAACGGGGCCCUUGAAAAAUACUCGGCCACUGAUCGGUAGGCCAUUUAGCGGGUGCCUUGGAAAAUGUCCCAUUUACUAAUUCCGUGUUUUUCCUAAUGUUUCUUUCCUCCCAACGACGCUUAGAUCGAUUUUGUGCAGGCCCCGAAGGAGUCUCUGCCCUUAAUUAAUCUCCGAAUUGAUACGCCCCACAAAGAACGACAAAAGCGUAAACGCGAUAGAGUUCGAUUAGACGAGACUUCCAGAGGUUCGUUAUUUGAUUUUCUUUGAACUUCCGGGUUCGAGAUUCCGGUCGGUUCCCCUUGGACGACCCUGUACAAAAGUUUCGAUCCUCCGAAGCGAGUUUUAGAUCUCUAUUAGAGAAGAAGCUUAACAGUUUCUCUGUUUCGAGAGAAAAGGAUUGUAAAAGAUCGCUGUUGUUUCACACGGGGAAAGAUCAAACAAAAAUUCAGCUGGUAAAAAAUUCCAUUUUACACGAGCAAUGUUUCCGCUUGCCCGUUGCAACUUUUUCCUCGAAUUUACAUAUCAUUCAUUUUAACGAGCAUUGAAUUUACUAGGCAAGGGACAGGAGAUUACUUUUAGACGCGUAAUUUUUGAAACAAGUUUCCCGGCUACGUAAAUAAACGGCCGAAGGAAAAGGGAGAGGCUGAUGAUUUCGAAGGGUAGGAAGAAAAAAUAGGAAAGCGGAAAGCAGCGAGGGUUAAUAAAGUUCAAAGGGCUUGUUUACCUAACGAAAUAUUACCAGGUAGAAUGUUGCCUCUCUUGGUUCCUUCGACGAUACCGUCUUAUUUGGUCGACCCCAUUAAUUUCUUCUACGUUGAAACGACAGGUUCGCGAUUUCUAAUCCGUAAACGGAAGUUGCGCGUAUCGGCAGUUUUCUGAGCUCUUCUAUCCCUCGUGAUUUAUUAUUUGAAACGUAAUCGAUCGUCGGGACAAGGCGAGGAAUAAUUUUUAAUCCAGCCUCGUCGAUCAAUCGGAGACGUUCGAUAGACGGUUUCGUAGAAACAGCGACUUGUUUUCUGUAUUAACGACACAGGUAUGAAGUGUGAUUUACAAUCGGUCGUACAACACGUGGCAGCUCGCUACUGGGAAACAGACUAUCGAUGCAUUUUCUGAGCUACACGUUUGGCUGCGUGUGAUUUAUAAUAGCUGCAUCGCGUAGCUGUUUCGUAGAAUCGUUGAUUACGCUCCAAUAUCGCCUCCCCUUAUUGAGUUUCGAAGAUUAAACGCGCCUGGAACGAACAAGUUGCUUUCAUUUUAGUACAGAUACGCUCGAUCGUUAAGAGAACCUACGAACAUUUUCGUUAAACGAUAAAACACAUUAUUUUCUUCAUUUAAUUUUUAUUUUUUACCCGGUGGCCUUUAAAUUCAAUUUGGUGUUGUGUCUUUAACGUUGAAAUAUUUGUAAGUUUAGAUAGGUUUACGAGGACACAUUUGGGUCCCGUGAAAACAUGGCUCUUUGCGUUCUCGUGAGAAACGGUCCGCGGGUAUGCAUCUGGAAGGGAAAAGAAGUCAGUCGAGGAGGAGAAAAAGAAGCGGAGAAAAUUGAACUGCCAGAUGCGCUCCGCGGGGAAAAAAGGGCUGACUGAAUAACGCUUUAUAAUCCUGUCCGUUUUCUCUCGUUCUUGUUGAUUUAUAAACAAACAUUUGCACGCUUUCCCGUCUGCCCUACGGUUCGCAAUGUGCUGGUUCAAAAAUCGAAUAACGUAGAGCCAGAUGCCAUUUCGAGGGGAAAUGCUUUGUAAUAUUCCUACUGUUUUAUUGCCGACAGAAUUUUUCGUUUUUCGGAUAAAACAUAUUUUACAGAUCAGUUUUCAGACCGAGCCAAAAUUAUUGAUUUAUUUCAUUUGAAUCUAGAAUAUUACCUAGGUGACAAAAUUUCUAUUUCUUUAAAUGGCAAAGCGCGAAUCCCAUUGCUACAGUUUCUAUUUUUCAAGAAUUUCUUAUAGUAAAACUUGGAUAGAAAUAGCUUAUGUCUCUCUGGUGGGUAAGUGCAACACCUAUCACCUCGGUUUAUUUCGUCGAUUCGAAACUGAAGAACCUUUAAUGUCACUCGAACUCUUGGUUAACUCCCACACGAUUGAUCGAUCGUUUCAAACACGAUCGAGCAAGUUUAAAUGUAGAUUUAUCGAUCAUUUGGCGCAAGUGAGGGGGCUAUUCCUCGAAGGAAUAGUGGAAACAGACGGCCAUAUGUUAGCUGCAUUAGUAGCGCAAGUGGCUUUCAAUCGAGCUGCACUACUGCCUCUUUGAGGAGAACAUUCCGUCGCCUCGAUAUUCGGCUAUUCCCCUUCAUCGUACAUCGAACCGUGGAAUCUCACCGUUCAAACGAAUAGUUUCACGAGCGUUUUCUUUUCUCGAGUCGAAUUCGAUUUCGUUCGAUUCACCGAGAGACGAAUUUAUGAGCGCAGGGAUACGGGCUUGGUUCGACGAGAGAUUCGAGAAAUUCGUAGCCCGGUCGGGAAACGAGAUCGUUUCGACAUUGUUUCUCCUCAAAUGGAAUUCGAUUUCUUCCUGAUAAUAUCGCGGAAUAACUUUCCCCCGGAAUCGUUGUAACGGAUUUACAGACAAUUAUGCUAACAUUAAAGGCUUUCCAUUCGAGGAAAUUGCUUUGAAACGCGUUUCCUUCCGUUUCAUUUCGAUUCAGCGAACCUCGGCCGCGAUCGUAACGCGCGUUUUACUUCGAUGAAAGUUUCACGAUCGUUCGGCAAUUGGUUACAAACAAGCUAAAUCGAAUCUUUAUUUCCAUUCGGGAACGACUUUAAUUUAUGAGCAAGAAAAAUAUUAGAAAUUGUCACUCGAAAGCGUUUAAUAUUUGAAAAUGUAUUCGUCGAAUGAUAAGCUGUCGAUGGUACACAAAUGUUCGUCGAAUUCGUACGAUAAAUUUGUAGAUUUCAUUGGAAUUUCGGGUCGGCGUUAAAUCGAGAUACAAACGUAUCGUGACAGAAAUGUUAGACAGGCCGGUAACACGCGAUAAAAUAUUCGACCGAUGCGUUUCCGUGUUAAUGGAGUUUGAAGGAAAUUAUAAUCGACGUUUCUGAUCGCGCGUUGAAAUUCUACGAUUCAUAGACAAACCAUGAAAAUGCUUGUAAUUUUCAUUUACUUAAAAAUCUGGCGUCCUUUAAAAAAAUUUCAAGGACCACUGUAACCCCCAAAAUUCAAAGAGUUAAUUAAUUAAUUAACAUAUUAGCGCAGUGAUUGUAUCAAGAUGCCGUAGAUUUGAAAGCAAAAGAAAGAUUGUUAAUUUCGUUAUUUCGUGCCAAAUGAAUUGAUAGCAGCCUCCCCGAAGGAGGUGAACUUUAUUUAUCAUCCCCUCGUGCGAGGGUGCAACAGGAAAAACGCAAGGUAUUGUCUGCACGGCGAAAACUUUAAAACGAUUCUGUAUUUUAUCGUUCGAUCAUUAGUGUCCUAUCUAGAGCGAUUGUUUGCUCGGAAAUACGUGAAAACUUCUUUUCUGGAGUAUAUUGGAAACACACACGAUAUCCCGGUGUUUUUCUUGCAAUAUUUUUGUAUGGAACUUUUCGAAUCCGCUUCGCUUAACUUCGUAGCCAGACGGAUUAAAACUGAUCCCUUCGGAAACAUCACUUUUUAAAAAAAUAACUCCUCUAACUGCUAACUUCUAUUCUUUCGUACAUUAUUAAAAUUAAAUAUUUUUCAUUUGAAUUCGUUAAGGCUUCGCAGAUUCGAAUGAAAAUUAUAGUUUCCAUGAACGCGGAUGAAUUUCCAGCAACGGGUGCACCAAGUUGCAAGCUGCGCGGCGAUGCUCGAAAAUCGACGUCCCGAAAAAAUACCCUGUUAUGCGCAGUUUUGCAGUGGACGUUAAAAAAAAAUUCCGUGGGCCGUGAGAGCGUGCAAUUUUCGAGAGUAAAAAGUUGUCGCGGAACGAGCUUCUUCUGCAGGGCUGGAAAAUGGAAAUGGAGGAAAAAGUUUGGUCCGGCGUAGCCGGCCGACGAAUAUCGACUAUUAUGCCCGGUCGAAUUGAAAUGUGUCCGAACUUUCACGCGCCGGAGAUCCUCUUCUCUUUUAUUGGAAUAUUUUAUAUCGGGAACGAGUGGAAAAAGCGGGCUACCAGCGUCUCUCGUGCUAAUAAAAUACAUCCUUCGACGACCUGUACGCGAGAUUGCGACGAUUUUUCAAUCGAUCAUUCCUGAAUCAUCGAUCGGGCUUGCAGGAAGAAUUUCAUCUGUCUCGUUGCUAGACGUAAAUUUGAAAAGGAGAAUUCUGCCGGUCGGUUCUAUGAAUAAAAAUGACGUAGAAAUGUUAGAUGAACUCGGUUUCAAAGAUUCGUUUAGCCUUUCGAUGACGGUGGUUGAUUUAGAGAAAUUGUGGAUACAUUUUGAAGCAUUCGAAGAAUCGUCCACGAUUCGGACAUCUUAAUUUUCGACAGAGCCGGUUCAUUGCGGCGAGGAUUCAAUAUCUGGUCAGGAUAAUUGCUUUCUGGUAUUCGAGGAGUAUUUAAAAGUACCCGGUUGCGCAAAAUCUCUUAUUACCCGGCCACCCUCAAUAAUUAAAUUCACUACUCUGCUCUGGGCUUUAUUAAAUCGUUCCGAAUCGGGAUCACGAGGAAAUAUCCGAGCUCCCCGUCUUCGACGUUCUUCUCUUCUCCAUUUCCAAGCCGAGAGCUACGUCGAGCGUAGGAUCUACGGGGAACUUUCGACCUCUCUCCACGUUCGCCAUUCUUCGUUUCUCGGGGAGCCGUCGACUCCCGGAGGAUUCAAUGUUCUCGCAAAUUAAUCGAUCGUUCGAAUGGAAGAUUCAGAGGCGCGUCUUUUCAAUGACCAGCCAUGAUAAUCCGUGUCUUAGAGAAAAUGCUACCCUUUCGUCGACUGACCAACACAUUUUAUUCACCCUAAAUUGGACGACCUGCAAGAACGCCUUUAAUGACCAAUUUCAAUGGAACCCUUUAAACUUUUAUCCAGAUAUCAUCGUGUUAAUUUAUUUGUAGCUGAGAUUGAAAUCUGUCAAGUUUCGCUAGCCUGUCGCGAGGGAUCGAUGGGUGUCUUCCUAGGAAAUUCAAUUUUUCUUGGAAACGAGGGAAAUUUCAUUCGAAAAGGAUCCGGUCUUGUUUCGAUCCUCGAGAAAGCUACUCCGAGCAUUGGUCAUUUGCAUUCUCGACCCUGCCAGCUUCAGAUAUUUAAAUUUCUCACUGAAGCGUGAAAAGCACUUUCCGUCUCUGGUCUGAGCGACGCAAUUUUCGGUCGGAAUUCUGGGAUCAUCUCACUUCAUCCAGCUUCUUAUUUUCUCGACGGUACCGCGAUCAAAUUGGACAAAAGUCGUCCCUUUGGAAAAUUAAUACAGAAAUACUGACAGUCGCCUUGGGAAAAUUUCCACGAAUCGACCGGACGCGAAUUCUGUAGCAAUUGUUUCGUAAUUUCUAAAGGGAACGAGGUUAUUUUACGCGCCUCUCAGCUUUGGUAACAGUUAUGGGAAGCGAAAGCUGCCAUAAAAAUGUUGAUGAGCAUCUGUAACGAUCCGAUGAAAAAUGAGGGAAAUUGAAUAAUUUAUUUCUUUAACAGGAAAAUGGUGCGCGAAGGUGAUGGUGGAAAUAUUGAAAAUCCAUCGAUAAGAUGAAAUUUCACGUACAAUUUAUGUAGACAGCUUUAAACGCGGGUACAAUUUUUCUACUUAACAUUUGGUUAAAAAGAGCCACAAAAUUUCAAGAUUGAAUUUUACAAAAUUCAUGAUCAUCGAAGUAGAAAUAAUAGACAAUGUCCGAAUGUCACUAUCGUAAAGAAAGAUACACUUUCAAUCAGGAUUUCAUUGGGGCUACUCGAACGAAAUAAGUUAAAAGGUAAAAAGAGUGAUCUUGGGAUACUCUAAGAAGACGUUUCCUUUGAUUCGCAGAAACUGCACGUCGAUACUGGAAGUAUCUUUCGACUUAACGUUCCAUUAGGAAAUAUCAAGCUCUCAUGUGAGCACGUACACACGCGUCCUUCUACUUAUUCCCUUUUGGAUUCUCGUGUAGCGUGUCUAACGUCACAACUUAAAAAGUGUCGAGAACUUCCGUCGCGGAAGAAACUUGGCCACCAUCGAAGGGAUUUCCGCUACUCGUGAAUGCAUGCUGCUCGGUCGAAACUUUCCUAGUCUCCGGCAAUUUUCUCGGCUAUCGUGGCAGCAACUGCGAAACCUUUUCUACGUUUAUGAAAAUUGUUCUCACAGUUGAAUGCUGAUCUUAGAUUCUACCAAACGUUUUCCUGUUCCCCCCAUGGAAUAUACAAUCCAAAAACGGUAAACCCUUUGUUUACCGAAAAUCCAAUAGAAUGAAAUAAAAUUUCUCCGCAAACAAAUACUUGAAUCAUCAGAGAAUUUUCCACGAUUUUCUUGCAGAAAAAUCUGAUCUUCAUUUUUCCAUUGUUGCAUCGCGAUCGAAGCAAUUCCGACAGCCGGUAAAUGUUCCUUUCGGUCGCUUUAAAACCGAAUUACACCGUGAAAGCUUCGCGUAUGUAGGUUUUAUUGCCUCCGACACGCGAUGCAGUCAUAAUUUUUCGCCCCAGACUCGUCAGCCGACGAAGGAAUUAAUAAAAGCAACGUUAUUUAUCGCGGCACCGUUCCCGCUAUUCCCUUCGCGAAGGCAACGAUACCGAGGCUCGACCAAUUUGCUAAUAUCGAAGGAACCAGCUCCCGAUAGGGAAUCCCGUCGAACAAAAGGAAAUGAAGGGACGGUGGUAGGGCGGCAGACGAUGGCAUCGAUUUAUUCCACGGACAAUGAAUAAAACACUGAAAACUCUCGCACUGGGCCAGGUUGUUUAGGGAGUAGGGAAUAAAAGGGCAACAGAGACGGAGGAGUGGAUCAGGUGUGCAAUUCGUUGCAUGCAAAUUGACAUGCUGAGCUAUAAUUAUUUAUGCGACUCUCUGUAAUUUGUAUCUUCCAUCUCCCUUUGAUAAUCCUGAACAAAUGUGCCCCUCUGGUGGAAGACACUUUUCCAUCUUAUUCGUGAAUAUUUCGUUUAAACAAUUCAUCGGAGGAUUGGAAAAUCAAAAGGUUGUACGUUUCGACGUGGAAACUUGAUGGUAAAUCGCAUUUCCCUCGACAGCCCCGAUCGGUAAAAAUCGAACGAAAAGGGCAGGCUGCGGUGCCUGGAUAGUUUGACCCCUGUAAGGUUCGAGUUUGUCAGCUGGAAAGCCGAUUGUUCGCUCGUCCCGAUUUUAUGAUCACGGAAAUUACCGGCCGUCUGUCUCCCUCUUCCUGAUACAAGGACGAGUACCUAGAGAUCCCGUUGAAUAUGUACAUAAUCGGCAAACAUGCAUCGAGCGUGAAUCGAGCCCGUUUAUUGGCACAGUGGGAUGCACUACAAUUUCGAUAAUUAAACCGGCUUACACGGAGUUCCACGUCGCCCUACUUUGACCGCUUUUCCACCAUCAUCGUAUCGCCGGAUCUUGAACCUACUUGGCCGAUCGAUCCGGAUCAUUUCGAAGUUUAUAGCCGCCGCAGGUUGCUCGUAAAUCUCGAAAGCCCGCUACGGGAUUUUCAGCAUCAGCCAGCGCGACGAUAGCGCGGGAAAACGGCUCGAUAUUAAGCAACGUACGCCCCUCGAGACAUUUUCUAUUUUUCAUUAUCAACGAUUUACAGCGAACGCCGGAGAUACCGGGUAAGAAGAAUUUGAAUUUGAUACGAUGAUCGAAUUAAGGCAGUCUGAUUCGCGUUUCAUCUGAUAAAUCAGCUGCUAGAAUAGUUAGUCAGAUUAUGGGAUAUAUGCAUUUGAAUGGAUAGUUUGAAGUGCUUGUUGGGAUUGGGAAUUAUCUUUAUGCUGAUGAGAUUGAUCGAAACAUUAUUAUUAUGAUUAAUUCACAUUUAUUAACUUCAUUCAAAUAUUACAAUAAUUACAACAAUCAUUUGUUUUUCCAUUGUCUGGUCCGAGGGAAUUUAGUCGCCGCUAAGUUUCACUUGUCUGACCGCUCGCCGACCUAUUCUACUUGUUCGCACUCCGUUCCUCGAAUUACCGAAGUAAAUCGUUCUUACGCUUCCAAAACUUGAACUCCGCUUCUGAUAACGCUGUGACAUUGUGUGGGCGCUUGUACAUUCAUUCGCGACCCUUCUGCAUACUCGUCACUUAAGUACACCAGCCUGUACAUUAAACGUAACACAGCGUCCGCUACUCGAAAUGGCUCCCUCGAUAUUUUCGAUGGGAGGGUGAUCGUGCGAGCAACGUUAGAGGGUGUAUAAGUGGUGGUAUGGUAAGGGCGAAGUUCGAGGGAGGUAAAAGUUUGAGAUUCGUGCCUCUUGCCGUUUACACCCCCCUGUUUUCCAGCCCGUUGAUCCGAGUACCUGUUUCACCCCAUCUUUGUCCACGUUCCACGCAACUUCCACGCAGCUAAACCUCCGGCAGACUAACGAGUGGAUCGAGUAAUCUUAUUAGAUGAUCGUCGCUGAUUCGGUGGUAUAUUUUAAGGGAUGAUCGUAAUCUUUUUCAUUCAAUCUAGGUAACCGAGUGUUACCUAAGAGCUUGUUGGAAAUAUUAUAAUUGAAUGGGAAUCGUUUUCAAAUGUCACGAGCGUAAUUUCCAGCUUUCCAAAUGACAUCAUUUUGGAAAAUUGUCCGGCACGAAUGGAAGCUUUCAAGGUAUUGAAUAAAAUCACGAGGCUAUACGAAUCCAUUCAAACAGAUCGCAAAUUUGAUACAUUGCAAAGCCGAGAAGCACAUUUGUAUCUCAGUUUUCUUCUCUGAAAGCAGUUCAACAGGACAGAAUUCCUGUGGGAGUCUAUUUGAAAGUUCCAAAAGCUUCCUUAUAAACAGUCCCGCGUUCCCAAAAGAAAAAUCUACAAGCAAACAGAAAGAUGCGGGGCAAAUUUGAAGAGGAACGAGAUUUUCAACUUUUCCAACAGAGAAGACAAAGGUGGGAGUGCCACCGGUGGAGAAAACAAACGAAAUAUUGCGAGCAAUCUAAAUUACCGAGUAGCUCGAAGGGUGAUCGACGGAACGGAACGAGGAAUAAGAAAAAAAAAAGAGGGAAAGCGUUCGAGCUUGAAUCCUCGAAGAAUUACAAGUAUCAAAUCAACUUCGUCACUGGGAUCAGUCUUCUCUGGAUACCCCGAGGCGCACGAUCCUUCGACUUUUCAACGCUUUUCCGUCCUUCUUACCAGAGUGUUCGUAGAUUCGAUUCGAUUUACUUCGUCAAAGACGCUGAAUCCUCCCGGCUGGCAGCGUCGAAUCAUCGGAACGUUGCUUUUCACGGAGUUUCAGCCCGAUAUUCCUAUCGUUAAUGAACGUCGGUCACGCCAUAGCCGCGAAAUGAUGAGGCUGUUGAAAAUCUACCGGCGAAUUUCGCGUCGCGAAUAAUCACGCUAAUCGAUUUACACCUUGACGCGAAUAAAUUUCGUUGAUUACAAUCGUAACGCGUUGAAGCGGUCGCGCAACUAGAUUUCUGCUGGUCGAGUUUCGUUAUUGAUGGAUGCGAUUAUUGGCAUUUCAAAUCGCAAAUCAUCCAAACCAUAGGUGAAACCUUGCAAUUUUUAUUUUUCUCGUUGCACUUUACAAUCAUUUGCAUCUUUUAAUUAGUACUCCUUCUGAGAGAACAAUUAUUUCGUUUUAUUAUUCUGGGUUCCCUGAAUUAUCUCUUGAUCUUAUAUUCAGAAAAAGUAUAGAGAUUCUUUUUCUAUUUUCGAUGCACCUUCGAUCUACGUUUUCAAGAGAACUUCAUUACAUCGAGGUCGAAGUAGUGCAUUUUAAUUAACCGACAGGAAACGCAGAAUACGUGUACAGAGUGUGUUUAUCCGGUAAGAAAGUCAAUAGUGCCUUUUAAAAGCUCCAACUACUUGAUGGUCCUCUAUAAAUCCUUCGGGCUGGAUGAAAAGGUACAAGGUAUCUCUGGUUCGAUUUAUAACCCGCUCCAACUCGUGGAAGACUUGUGUCACUGGCAAAUUUAUUCCAAAUCCUUCCGUGUCCCGCCAACCCGGUAGGUAUUAUUGUGACAAAUUUGUCACGGUUCUUUCCAAGCUCACGGAAACUCUAGUUCUCGCGAAUCGAUUUCAAUUUCAACUCACUGAAAUUUAUUAUUAUUCAAACAAGCCCGGCUCUGACCUAUCGCAAUCGUCUUCGAGCGAGCAAACACUCUUCAACGAGUCAAUUUCAAGUUUAUUAUCAGGGCAACCAAAUUACUUACAGCCGAUGCAAUUCAUUUCGACCGGGAAGGGGAGGGCUAUCGGUGAAUUUUCGAUCGCAGUGGGUCAUUUUUCAAAUUCAUAUUUCAAUAUUACCAUCCGGCUGUUCAAUUUCCCCUUGUUCAUCUUUUAUUAGACUCAUACUCGACAUAUUUACGACCUUGAAGCACGUCCUCUUUAUUAUAACUCGAAAAAAAGGAGCCUCGAUGUUUGUGCAAUAUUGACCCCGGACGAGAUCCCGAUGCUAGCCUCCCACGACCAGGAAGAAUCGUCAACCGAUGCUGGAAUUCUCCGUCGUCGGAUUCCUCGAGUACGAGUUUCGAAGUACAUUCUGAAAGGAGGAGAGAACAGCGGGGCAAAGAUAAGGGGAAAUAAUUCCAUGAAAUAUGACUUCUUCCAAUGAAGCAUGAUAUCUUUGGAUCGAGAUUGAAAGCCACGAAUGAUUGUUAGGGUUAUUAACAUUGUUAUCUACGGAUAUCGUUCAAUGAUAAAGCUCAGAUUACAAGUUACAAUCAAAAUGAAUAUUUUCAUGGUGAAUACAGUACAAACAUUUCAUUUUUUCCAUCUUUAUUUGCUAAGAAUCAUUUCACAUGAUUGUCGAAGAUUUCAAAGCAAUCCCUGGAAAACAUCGUUCCAUAAAGGCUGCUAAUUAUUUUCACGUUGAACACUGUAAAAACAUUUCAUUCCAAAGUAUAUCAAACCAUAAUUUUCAUCUUCGUUUGCUAAGAGUCAUUCACAUGAUUAUCAAAGAUUUCGAGGCAACCCCUGGAGAAGAUCCUUCCAUAGAGGCUGCUAAUUAUUUCCAGCUAAUUAUUUUCACGUUGAACACCGUAAAAUCAUUUCAUUCCAAAGUAUAUCAAACCAUAAUUUUCAUCUUCGUUUGCUAAGAGUCAUUCACACGAUUGUCAGAGAUUUCAAGGCAACCCCUCGAAAAGAUCGUUCCAUAGAGGCUGCUAAUUAUUUCCAGCGACACGGUUCGUUCAUCAGUUUACCCAGCCAGUUAUCUGAAAUCGUGCGGGUACACGCGCGAACGGGAUCUUCUUCUGGCGAAUAGACGGAUAAGCUUUAGCGGGAUGGUGCGAGCGAGCGUGUAGUUGGCAUCGGUGGCCGUGCGGGGCGGUCGAGCACUCGAGUUUAGGGGGUUGUCAGAGCAAGGGUGGAUGGAAGGUGGCCGCGAGGCGAGCAGAGAAGUUAGCGCCUGCGUAUUCCCCUCUCUGUCUACUUGUCAGCCAAGCGGAGCUGCCACCACCCUGCUCGCUUUUCCUCUCGUCGCUACUCGAUAACAAACUCCACGGCACCAGUACUGGCACGGUACUCCGGACCAAACGGGUCGCUCGAACGUCGCGCCGCCUUUUCUCUCCACCUGCCAUCGACCGGAUAUCGAUAAGCCGUGUUUACGCGACGGCAUCUCAUCUGGAUCGAUCAGCGAAUCGUUUCCGAUCGAUUCGAUACGAUCGCGCUUUUUUCCUCUCACGGACACCCGUUCUCAAUCGCGAUUCUUCAACGACACGAUUUUCGGCUAUUCUGUGAACAAAGUUUCAUUCGUUUCAAUUUUUCAAAACGCGAACGUUGCUUGUGACGUUAUUCGAAAAUCGAUCGGCAGCUCUUUCAAUCGCGUUGAACGAUUGAUUUCCCAUCGGUGGAGGUUUCACGUCGAUCGACGCGUGUGAACGGCGGACCUGUCAAUCGGUACGCUUGUUAUGGUGUCUCGUGCGAUAAUGCGCGUCUCCGGUCCAGCCGCCGCUAAAACGACGAAAACAGCGCGUUACUGGAGCCUGUUCGUGUCCGGUCGACGCUAAAUGAUCCAACCAGUUUAAUCGAUCGAGUCGACCCGUCGGAUAAUCCACGUGCACCGUUAUCGUCGUCGUUUGAUCACGUACAUCAUCCUGGAGGAGCACCGCGACGCCUGCUGGCACGAUGAUGCACGUCGCCGACCGCUGACCAUCGGCCUGCGUCCAGAUUUCAGAAUCGACGAUCGACGUUCGAAAUCGAAAGGAGUAUCCAUUCUUCGACGAACAAAAACGUCAGGCUGUCCCCGAAAUGGAAACUGGGAAAAGUUUUGGAUGGAGAAUGAGAAUGUCAGUCGAUGACACGCGUAUUAAAGUUCGAACGGUUAGACAUUAAUUCCGUUCCCGAGGAGUCGAGUAGCCAAGCUUCCUGAGAAUAGGAGAUUCAUAUCUACGGAUCUGGUAGUGACGGCGGACCAUGGUACAUUAUUUAAGAUGAUAACCAGCGGACAUUGAAGAGCCUGCCAGGACAAGGGAAUAUAUCUCCGUGCGUCAUGGAGGAACACGUGAACCAGGCUGGAAACUCGUCGACGGACGGGCUGGUGUUCACCGAUGCCUCGAUUAUCCUCAGGGCUCUGGUGCUCGGUCUCCUGAUACUCGUCACCGUUUUCGGAAACCUGUUCGUGAUUGCAGCGAUUUUGCUAGAGCGAAAUCUGCAGUCGGUGGCGAAUUAUUUAAUCGUCAGUUUGGCCGUCGCGGAUCUUAUGGUCGCCUGCCUCGUCAUGCCUCUCGGAGCAGUUUACGAGAUAAACUCGGGAUGGUCGCUGGGGCCGGAGCUUUGCGACAUGUGGACUAGCAGCGACGUUCUCUGCUGCACUGCCUCGAUAUUGCAUCUGGUGGCUAUCGCGGUCGACAGAUAUUGGGCAGUCACCGAUCUCAAUUAUAUACAGGCGAGGAAUCCACGCAGGAUCGGUAUGUUGAUCGUCACCGUCUGGGUGGUGUCCCUAGGAAUCUCGUUGGCACCCCAACUUGGUUGGAAAGACCCCGAUUAUUUAGAUCGUAUAGCGGAUGGAACGUGUCUGGUGUCGCAGGAUCCCGCAUACCAGAUCUUCGCCACUUGCGCCACUUUCUACGUACCCCUGUUGGUUAUUCUAUUUCUGUACUGGAGGAUAUUUCAAGCUGCACGGAAGCGGAUCAGGAAGAGACCAGGAACUAUCGUGCAACCACCUCGUGAGAGAAGAGGCAUCCUUAGACUCGUCACAAGAAGGCCAAGAGAGGAAUCGACGGCAUUUACCAUAACGAGAUCCACGCCGGACCACUCGUCCAUCUCGCCGGAGAAAUCGUCAUCGUACAACGGUGCGAACACGACACAGUCGGCUACUGUAACACCAUCCACGGUGUCAACGACGACAACCACAACCGUCACAACGGUGACGAACCCUUCCAGCAGCCAUUCCACCUCUUCCAGCAAGAGAACACGCGAAACAAUCGAGUCGAAGCGCGAGAGGAAAGCAGCGAAAACACUGGCGAUAAUAACCGGUGCGUUCGUAGCUUGUUGGCUGCCUUUCUUCUUGGUAGCUCUGCUUCGUGCCACCUGCGAAGUCUGUGAGCCACCGGAGCUGAUAGCUAGCGUCUUCCUGUGGCUGGGCUACUUCAACAGCACCCUGAACCCUGUGAUUUACACGGUAUUCUCACCAGAGUUCAGGCAGGCCUUCAAGAGGAUGCUUUGCGGUGGUUCUAGGAUAAUUCGCUGACAGUGGAUUUAAAUUCGAUCGUUUUCCAUGCGAGUGCGAGAGUACGAGAAACAGUGAUAACGUGUGCGUGGACGUGUGCAUCUUGUGUAUAUAAAACAGUUAUUAAGUUAACAUUUAAUUACUAUGAACAGAGCGACGCUUGUCCAUUUCUUAAAUGGUUCAUUUCAAAUCUUAAAUACUUCUGACAAUGAUUUGUCAUGAAAUAAUACUUGUUAGACUUUAAUAAAAAUCGCUGCAUAAAUAUUUGAAUACAAAAUGCAAGUUGGAUGCAAGAAUCUCAGACAGUUCAUAGUAGUUAAGAGUUAACAUGUUCCUCUCCUUUUGGAUAGCGUUCAACUAUCGUAUCACGUACUUAGGCAUGCCUUAGAAAAUCCGUAGUGUUUUUCAUUGAAAUUUUCCGCUGGAACGGCAAGUUUGGCCCCGAAAGUCUACGAGCAGCCAACGUUCCUCCAGGUCAAAGUUACCCUCGAGGAGUUUCGCUCGUGAAUGGAUUUUUUCCAGAACACCACCUCUCUCGAGGGUGACUCGACAUUGUUUCGAGGCGAUUGUUCCUAAGAUAGCGUUACCUUACGAAAGUUCUCUUCGAAAUAGCUACAUUCUCUGAUAUGUCUAUGAUAAACACUUAACUUGCUACCGUUUAGCUACCACUAAAGGGAAGAGGAGAUGAGGCCAAUUUCGAGCGGACGAAUCAAGGAGAACGUGAUUGAAAAUGUGGAGAAUAUUUAUGGUGACCCAGUUGAUCCUACGAGAUUAUUAAAAUUGCCAUUGGUUAUUCAAUAAUUUUAAUUACGAUUUAGAUUUAUGAGAGGGAAACUGAUAAUAUUGUCUCUUGUUAUUUCAAUUUAGGUAAAAACAAUAUAUUUUCAUCGUUUGUACGAGCCAUAGCGAUGCACUUUCUAAGACGAAAUCAUCCUUCGAAGUUGUGUAAUCCUGAAAUUAAUUUGCAUCUCUUAGAGGAUAACGUUUCAAGGAUUAAUUAAACUUAAUUGCUUGGUUCCCGGUUGCUUGAUCCGCUCGAAAGCUCGCCGAUAUAAAUACGUAUACGCAACACCUAUCGUGUACAGAUGUAUAAACAUUCAUUUCCUCCGUUGCUGCUCACGAAACCACUGCGAUUGUCAUUUUAAAGGUAAAUCAUUAAUAAUAAACUUAGACGUCGACGUAUCGUUGUCGAUUUCUCUUUGUCGAAACGUAAGCGUAGCUCCCGACGAUUAUUCAUCGAUUUCAUGCGAAUCUUCUACUGUAAAUAAUAUGAUAUUUCUAUAGUUACUCCACACAGUAUCGACGAAGUUCAAUAAAAAGAGGCAGAGAUCGAUCCAGUUUGAGCCACGAGUUCGCAUCGUUGUUCUCGAACAGCAAAUCACUGAAAUUCUGCAUUUCUGUGUCGCGUAAACACGAUUUAUUUUCUUUUUAAUAAAUUAAAAUGCUUUAAAUAGGCAAAAAAGUAUUUAACAAAUAAGAAAUUUUCAAUAUUAACGUAAUAAUUCUGUCAUUUUUUCAAAAAAUGAAACAUCGAAUGAUUGUCUCAAGACACAGAAAUGCGAAUUGAAUCAACAAAAAGAAAGAAGUUGAAGAAGGAAAAUAUACUAAGUGGCAGUAGAAAAAGGAUACGAUUUUCCAGCGAUUCGAUUAGCUUAAGGCUGCGUCAUUUUUUCGACGAUGCAAUAUUCUAGAGAGGAUUGUUGUUCGUUUCGUGUUCGACAACGAAUCGCGUUUAAGAGAAUACGUACGUUCUGAAAUAAAGAAAAAGAAGAAGCGAAUGAAGAAAACAACCAGUACGUUUACAACGAUGCUUCGUAUGUAUAUUUCAUUGCAAUCACUGAUGUAAAUAAAUGCAACAGUUUCAAAACGAUAAGCUGAACCAUCCAGCUGACGUUAACUCGA